AAAAAAAAAAAAAAAAAAAAACUGAACGAUGCAGGUCAAUAGGGAACAUUUUCUCAACUUCCUAAUGGCAUGUGUCUUCUUCGAGUAUGGAGCCGAUACGGAGCCAGAUUGGAUUCACGCCAUCAGUUACAGUGACCUAGCAGCCAUUUUUAACAUCGUGGCUGAAUUCAGUCGCGAUUACAGUGAGCUUAGUAUUCCUUGUGAGAAAUACAUUUACCAACAAGGGCUGAAAUGGGAACACAACAUGUCAGCCUUCAUGGCCGGUUUCCGUGAAACGAAUCGUCUCUUUCCAUAUGUCUGUGAAGACAAUGGUAAUGAAAUAUUGGUUCCAGGGUUGUCCCCUAUUAACGUCCAGGACUUUUUGUGGCGCUAUGCAGAACAAGUCGCAGACGAAUACAAAGAUGAUAUCGCGAUCCUCAUCAACAAGCUAAGAUAUUCACUCCGAGAUAUGAAAGGCUCUGGAGGCAUCCUUAUACAAAUCGAGGGUCGUCGUAGUGGAUGUUUAGGGGUUCUGAAAUUUACUGCUGCUCAUAAUCGAAUCAAAAUGAGCAGAAGACGUCUACGUGAGGCUGAACUGGAUCGACAGCGUGUAACAACAAGUCAGGAAACAAGAACUGUGACAGAGCAGCAAAGACAGCAUCAAGAGGGACUACAGCUUCAAGACGAAGCAUUGCAACGACUAGAAGAACAACGAAUAAUGCGUCAGCUCAAUAUCAACAUGUAUCAGCUAGAAAAACGAAUUAUGAAUUCCACUGAGCAAGAGGAUCGGGUUUCUAGUUUUGUGACCACAUUGAGUGACCAACUGAACUCUUACUUCUCCAUCAACAGCUUGACAGUCCAUCUUUUGGGGUCAUUUGCCAAUGGAUUAAGCUCUCAUGGCAGUGACUACGAUCUUACGGUGGAAGAUCUCGAUAACAUCUUGGGCGUACAUCGCCUAGGAGACGCGCUUCGAUACCAUGGUUACAAAAAUGUGUUUGUUAUCCCGAAUGCCAGGGUACCUAUUGUGACAUUUCGAAACCACGAAGGCGUCAACUGCGAUAUCAGCAUUAAUGCCAUGUUGGGCGUCGAAAACUCAAAACUCAUCAAAACCUAUGUCAAGAUCGACCAUCGGGUUCGUGUCGUUUGGUUUACAUUGAAAAAGAUUGCAGAGAAAUGCGGAAUCCUCUCCGCCAAACACGGAUUUCUCAGCUCAUACGCCUUAACGCUGAUGUUGAUUACCUUUCUUCAGUCCAUAAAGAUUCCUGUUCUUCCUUCACUACAACAGCAGCCCGCACGCAGACUGGUGAGCAAGCAGGCUGAAGGCGUACUUUGCUCCUUUGAUCAUAACUGGUCCAAUUAUGUGGCCCUGGCAAACUACAAUACAUCUACCGCUGCUGAACUCUUACUAGGCUUUUUGACUUUCUUCGGAAACAAUUUCGAUUAUGCAAAAUGGGAGGUCAAUUGUCGACUGGGCCAGAUCCGGAUCCGAGAGACCAUAAAUUCAAAUAACCGACGCCAAUCCGGAGGGGGGUUUUGGGUCAUGGAUCCUUUUCUGAUCAACAGAAAUGUCGCAAACAUGGUGCGAGGACAGAAUGUCAUCAAAAUUAAGUCCUCCUUCCAAAGCGCACACCUUCGGCUUCAAACCGAGGGAUGGAGCUUUUUCGAUUAGUCGAUUAAAAGCGAUUUCUCUGAACAUUGUCCCAUAAAUUACAAAAAAG